CAGUUAACUUCAUUUUUGUUUUCUGUCCAAGUUGGAUAAUGGAGACGAGCAAGCAGCCCAGAUCAGGCGUGAACUAGAUGGACGACUACAAUUGGCAGAACAAAUGGCAAGGGAAAGAAAAUUCCCGAAAUUCGUAACAAGAGAAAUGGAGAACAUGUACAUAGAAGAGUUGCGGUCUUCAGUGAAUUUGCUGAUGGCAAAUUUGGAAAGUCUUCCAGUGUCUAAAGGUGGGCCAGAAUUUAAACUGCAGAAGUUAAAGCGAUCACAGAAUUCUGCAUUCUUGGACAUCGGAGAUGAAAAUGAAGUUCAGCUGUCGAAGUCUGAUGUGGUUCUCUCCUUCACAUUAGAGAUUGUUAUAAUGGAGGUGCAAGGUUUAAGGUCAGUUGCUCCCAAUCGAAUUGUCUACUGCACCAUGGAAGUGGAAGGGGGUCAGAAGCUUCAGACGGACCAAGCAGAAGCUUCCAGGCCACA